GUACACACUGAGUUGCCAUUCGCUGAGAAACGCCGAUAAGCAAGGGAACGUGAAAGGGGAGAACGGGGAAAAGGCCGUAAACAACAUUCUGAAAAUAAUUGAUAACCUGCACAGAGCGACGUAACCAGAACGGCCUGUAUUAAUGUCAACUCUUGUCAGAAUUAUACAACGCAGCAUUGUGAUCACCCAGCAGCAAAAGCUUCGCAGGAUGUCCAGCCAAGAGCAAAUAGGUCAAAGUGCGAUUAUUGCUGUAGGGCAGAUGUGCUCUACCAGUGACAAGGUUGCCAAUCUCGGCCAGGUAAAGGAACUGAUUGCCAGGGCCAAGAGCAGGAAUGCCUGCAUGCUUUUCCUACCCGAGUGCUGCGACUUUGUGGGCGAAAACCGAGCCCAAACGCUCGAACUAUCCGAGGGGUUGGAUGGAGAGUUGAUGGCGCAGUACCGGGAGCUGGCCAGGUGUAACGCCAUGUGGCUCUCCCUAGGCGGAGUGCAUGAGAGGAAUGAGCAAGGCAAGAUCUACAAUGCGCACGUGCUGGUUAACGAGAAGGGAGAGCUGGCUGCGGUUUACAGAAAGCUACAUCUGUUUGAUGCUACCACAAAGGAGGUUCGACUGCGGGAGUCGGACACCGUGACGCCGGGCCGGCGCCUAGAGCGCCCUGUCAGCACACCUGCCGGUCAAGUGGGACUUCAGAUAUGCUACGACCUCCGGUUCGCCGAGCCAGCAGUGCUUCUCAGAAAACUUGGGGCCCAGCUCCUCACCUACCCGGCUGCCUUCACCUAUGCCACGGGCAAGGCGCACUGGGAAAUUCUGCUGCGAGCAAGGGCGAUAGAGACUCAGUGCUUCGUGGUCGCGGCGGCCCAGCAAGGCUGGCACAACCAAAAGCGGCAGAGCUGGGGCCACAGCCUCAUCGUAAAUCCCUGGGGAAAGGUGCUUGCCGAUUGCGGCGGCGAUCAGGAGCUGACUAUCGGCACGGCAGUGGUGAAUCUCUCGUCGCUAAAGGCCAUAUACCAAAGCAUGCCAUGCUUUGAGCACAGGCGCCACGACGUUUACAGCUUGACGGCCUACAACAUCCGUAGCGAGGAGUUCUUGCUGGAUCGCCUUUUUGCCAACAACUUGGUGGAUAAACGUACCAUUUUCUACGAGUCAGAGCAUUGCUUCGCCUUUACCAACCUGCGCUGCGUAGUGGAGGGCCAUGUUCUGGUGUCCACCAAGCGGGUAACGCCGCGCCUGUGCGGCCUUAAUUGCGCUGAAAUGACCGACAUGUUCGCAACCGUCUGCAUGGUGCAGAGGUUGCUGGAGAAGAUCUACUGCACCACUUCCGCCACUGUCACGGUGCAGGACGGCGCACAGGCUGGGCAAACCGUUCCUCACGUCCACUUCCAUGUGAUGCCGCGUCGCAACGGUGACUUUGGCCACAACGACCAAAUCUACGUGAAACUUGACGAACGUGCCGAGGAAAAACCAGCGCGCACGAUCGAGGAAAGAAUCAAAGAGGCACAAAUAUACCGCAAAUUUCUGCUGGACAAAAGCUAGCUGCCAAAUUAGCCUCUUUGCUCUUCCAUGUGAUUUCUUAAGUCAAUAAAAAACCUAUCGAUCGCC